AUGACCAACUUCCAGUCCACCAAAACCGUACCCCAAAACGAUGAAAACGAAGAGACAAGUAUAGAAUCACAUCAAUCUUUUCGAAAAGUUCCAAAAAUGUUCGGAAUGAGUAGUCAGAUACUGAACACAACAGAUUACAAAAACUCAGCUUCUCUUUCUGCCAACAUGGAACCCCCAAAACGGUCAAGUUUUAGCAGUUCUAUGACCGACACUGCUUCCUCUACGCAUACUUCGAAUGCAAAUUCCAAUUCUACUUCUGAUUGGGGCCAAUCUGGAAUUUAUUCCGAUCCAUUUGGCCCUAAACCUGCUGGUAAUUUCGUGGAAACCCAGAAUCCUCUUUUAAAUGCGCCUUCAUCAUUGCAGAUGAAUGGUUAUCCGCGUACAAGCUCUGAAUAUGAAUCUUUCUCAAAGAAUAGCCCUGGAUCUUCCUUACAUCGUCUGUCUAAUCUGAGCAUCAAUAAUAACAAUCAUCCGCAUGAUUCACCUUCAAAAAAUACAGGGUCCCCGGCCGGUCCUUCGUCCCAUCGUCGAGCAACUUCUAUCACAAACGCUAAGGGACUGCCUCCUUCUGUUUCGUUUUAUAACAAGUCUACGAAGCCAAUGGAUUGGAGUUCUGUAAACACCGGAACUGCUACUACUCAAGAUCCAUCGAACUUUAUCGGAUUGACGUCGCCGAAUAGUGAUAGUUCUUCCUCAGUGCAUUCUUCAGUAAUGCCAAGGAAGUCAUCAGGUAUUUGGCGUAAUGCUGGUUACCAUUCUCGUGGCUAUCCUCCUUUAAAAAAAUCUGGUGUUCCUCCGGUUCCUAAUUUACCUUCAUCAUAUGAAGCUGUAGGAAGAUAUCAAGCAUCAUCUACGAGUAAUCCUACUUUAACUAACAAAAAUAACGCUUUAACUAUGGAUGCAGUGUUUACUGAGAACCCACCUUCUUCUUCUUCAUCAAACUCGGCUUUUGUUGCCAAUACUCAAGUUUCUACUCACAAUACGAAUCAAAACAGUGACCAUUUACAUCCUUCCGCCAGGUUGAAUGCAGUCUCUAAUUCCUCUCAUUUCAAUUCCAGUAAUAUGCCUUCCAUAACCUCUGGCAACGCCGUUCCUAAAAAUCCGGUUUCCAGCGAGAAAUGGUCUCAGAAUUUAGAAGCUCACACGCCCAAUUCAAAACAAGUACAUUCUAAUACUCAUCAUAAAAGUCAAAGCUUUGGUCGUCAUUCUCCUAAAGGAAAAAGCAUAAGCAGUCAGACGAAUUCAGAAACAAAGCAAGCGAAAUCAUCUGGGAAAGAAGGAAGAUCUUCUCGUGGUGGUUUUUUUAGCAGGCUUAGUUUCUCUCGGAGUUCGUCUCGAGCGAAGAAAGCAAAAUCGAAGAACGAAGAAACUCCUGAGGUUCCUUCUAUACCUCAAGAAUAUCUUAAGGAUGGAAAGAAGACGCCAACUAGGACGAAGAGUCGAAUGCAACAAUUCAUCAACUGGUUCAAAUCUCCCAAAGACAAGUCAAAUACUUCUUUCACACCUAAUUCUUCUCCUCCCCCGGUUCCUAGACUUCCCUCGACUCAGUCUCAAAUAUAUAAUUCAAGGGAACAUUUCGAAGAUAAUGUUCCUCCUGUACCACAGAUACCUUCUACUUUCGCUUCUAAUUCGAAAGGACAUGUCAAUCAGCAACGAAGUGUUUCCUAUAAUCCUAAGCGUAGCUCGCUUAAUAAUGAAUUACCGUCGAAUGAGCCUACUCCAACCACUACAUUAAUGGAACCCCUAGACAGUAAAUUUGCUGACCUUGCGAUGAAAGCCAUAAAUAGCAAGCGUAUAAAUCGAUUACUUGAUGAGGCCAAAAUUAUGCAGACCCUACUUGAUCGCGCUUGUAAAAUAACACCGGUUAAGAGUACUGAUGUUUUAUUAAUUAAUACUGCACCCCUUACCCGAUAUGAAGAGGAAGAAAUAAAAGGCUAUGAAAAUAUCUACUUUACUGGACUAAGGAAUGUUAAUAAGUCCAGACCAAUUGAUGAGACGUCUACAAACUUUGGUUUUGAUGAUGAGCGAGGUGAUUAUAGAGUUAUUUUAGGGGAUCACAUUGCAUAUCGCUAUGAAGUAGUUGACUUCCUUGGAAAAGGAAGUUUUGGUCAAGUGUUGCGGUGUAUUGAUUACGAGACAGGUAAACUGGUUGCUCUAAAACUGAUCCGAAAUAAGAAACGAUUUCAUAUACAGGCUCUGGUAGAAACAAGUAUUCUACAAAAAAUUCGCGAAUGGGAUCCAAUGGACGAAGCUUGUAUGCUUCAGUAUAGCAAUCACUUUUACUUUCGCGAUCAUUUAUGCGUUGCUACAGAAUUACUGGGAAUGAACCUAUACGAAUUAAUCAAGAGUAAUGGAUUUAAAGGAUUGCCAAUUGUUAUCAUUAAAAGUAUAACAAAACAGUUACUAUUAUGUUUAACUUUAUUAAAGCAGAAAAAUGUUAUUCAUUGCGACUUAAAGCCGGAAAAUAUAUUAUUGUGCCAUCCUUUUAAGUCUCAAGUUAAAGUUAUUGAUUUCGGAAGUAGUUGUUUUGAAGGAGAAUCUGUGUAUACUUAUAUUCAGUCUCGGUUUUAUCGUUCACCGGAGGUUAUAUUAGGAAUGGGCUAUGGAACUCCUAUAGAUAUGUGGAGCCUUGGGUGUAUUCUUGCUGAAAUGUAUACUGGGUUUCCGAUAUUCCCUGGUGAAAAUGAGCACGAACAAUUAGCCUGUAUUAUGGAGAUUUUCGGUCCGCCAGACCGCUCUAUGCUCGACAAAUGCUCGAGAAGAAAAGUGUUUUUCGACUCCUUUGGAAAGCCUAGACCUUUUAUUUCGUCUAAAGGAGUGAGCAGAAGACCGUUUGUAAAAUCUUUACAUCAAGUAUUAGAAUGUAAAGACGUAUCGUUUUUGAGUUUUAUAGCUGAUUGCCUCAAGUGGGAUCCGGAAGAAAGGAUGACACCGUUUGAAGCGAUUCAGCAUGAUUUUAUUACAGGAAACCAAGAUCGCAGACCGAAUACAGCUCCUGCUCGUCAGAAGAUAGUGAAGAGUCCUCCCACAUACUUAGACCCACCUCCGUCAAGGCCGCUGCCCAAUCUACCCAACCUUCCCAACGAUGAAAAGUCAAGGGAUCACAUGAAUUCUCGUUCCUUUGGGGCGAAUGGUCAAGUUGGGAAUGCGUUACCGUUACCGGGAAAAGUCCCGGAUAUAUUUUCAAAUAUGGAAAGUUCCAUGGUCUCGGAUAAUAUGUAUUUUUAA